UAUCUUAUCAAAGUACACUGUACGUGUAAAUACCUAACAGCUUACCUCCUACCACCAGGAAAGUUGUAAAAUAGCACACGCGGACCUUUAAUAGAGUCGGCAGCUAGUAGGUUAGUGAUCACUGCCCAUAAUAUGAAUAUCUUUGUGUAAUUUAUCUAUUGAACAUUGGCCAGCUGUGUUACUACUAUGGUGCAAGCAAAUCAUCGUUGAAAGACCCUGAAAGUACCGAAUUGAGAGGAAAGGUUCCUGUCAGUGACGUCUCCAGCUGGGCAGCCAGUGAUUGAACUUUCCAGCUAUAAAUAUACGACUCCACCUAGAGUUUCAUUCAUCAAUAUUGCUCCCCUUUGGUUUGACAAUGGAAGCCAAUGUAGUAGUAGAAGGGGGGUCGUCAAACAGUUGGUUGGCGUUGGUUAAGGACUCGAUAGUGAAAAUAAGAAGCAAGGUGGCUGAAUUUCCAGGGAAAAUGAAGAAAGUAGCAGAAGAUGAUCCUAGAAGAAUUGUUCAUUCGUUUAAAGUAGGAUUAGCCAUCACCCUCGUGUCACUCUUCUACUAUUUUGAUCAUCUAUAUGUUGGCUUUGGCAGCUCAGCAAUGUGGGCUGUUUUAACUGUCAUUGUCGUCAUUGAGUUCUCUGUAGGAGCAACUCUUGGCAAAGGCUUAAACAGGGGAUUGGCAACAUUUUUAGCUGGAACACUGGGCUUUGGAGCUCACCACUUAGCUAACCUGCCUGGACGGGAACUUCAGCCUAUAUUACUGGGAAUCUUUGUGUUCAUUCUAGCUGCAACAGUGUCGUUUAUACGAUUCUUUCCACGAAUGAAGGUCAGAUAUGAUUACGGGCUCCUUAUAUUCAUGUUGACCUUUUGCUUGAUAUCUGUUUCUGGUUAUCGUGAUGAAGAGGUACUUGAAAUGGCUCAUAAAAGAGUAUCCACUAUUCUAAUUGGUGGAUUUACGGCUAUUUUUGUCUGCAUUUUCAUCUGCCCCGUUUGGGCUGGCGAAGAUCUUCAUAAUUUGGCUGCCAACAAUCUUGAAAAGCUUGCAAGCUUCUUAGAAGGUUUUGGGGAUGAAUACUUCCGAAAAUCAAGCGAACCAGAGUCAAAUAAAGCAUCGUUACAAGCAUAUAAAAGCAUACUCAAUUCAAAGCAAAGCGAAGAAUCUUUGGUUAAUUUUGCUAGAUGGGAACCCCCACAUGGGCCGUUCAGAUUUCGCCAUCCUUGGAAACAAUACCUGAAGAUUGGAAGUCUCACUCGACAAUGUGCUUACAGAAUUGAAGCCCUUAAUGGUUGCCUCAACUCUGAUGUACAGGCCUCACCAGAAACCUGUCGAAAUUUUCGAGAAGCAUUCAUCAAAGCAAGUUCAGAAACAGGGAAAGCUGUCAAGGGAUUAGCAUCAGCUAUGAGAAAAAUGACUCUACCAACAGGUGAUUGUCCUCAAACCGCAAAAUCGAAGAACGCCGCAGACAACCUUAAAUCGUUGCUCAGAACAGGGUUGUGUGAAGGCAUAGAUAUCGUAGAGAUUCUAGAAGUUGCGACAGUAGCUUCAUUGCUGCUUGAUAUUCUUGCUUGUACUGAAAAAAUUUCAGAGUCGAUUCAUGAAUUAGCCUCUCUAGCGCAUUUCAAGAGAUUGGAACCUGAUGAAAAAGAUGGGAAUCCAGAUUUAGAUAAGCAGAAACAAGUGUGGCAAAGUUCUAAUAGCAUUGCUUCAAACCAUCAUCAUCAUAUUAUUACAAUUGAGUAGCCAUUAACUUGAGAGCAAACAUGUGUGUGACUGAAUUGAGUAAAUUUUUAAAAGAAAAAUUUAUGGGCGGAGGGGAAAACUCGUUUGAGCUAAGUCUGGAGCAUCAUCCAACCAUUUUUUAAUGGAAUCCGAAUAUUUUUGGACUGAAAUUUCUACUUUUGAAUAGAAAAGUUCUUAUUAACUUCGCAACGCAUUUUGCAUCAAGUUAGUUCGAGUUUGGGAGCGUUUCAGUGAAGACCAUCACCAUGAAUACUGGAUUUUUGAGUUAAAAGAUUUUAGAAGUCUCUUUAACUACCAGGCAAACACUUUAGAUUUUGUAUUACUUAAAAGUUUAUUUAAGAGGUUAAAUAUUUAUUUAUUCAUUAA